AUGUCUUCCGACUCUUCACAAGUUACAGCGCCAGCUGGCCAACCUGUACCCGCUGGUAUAACCCCGAGUCACAGCAGUCCCACCGACUCGAGAACAACUAGCGCAGGUGAUUCCGGGAAUACCGCCACGCAUCCUGCUGGAAACGACCAACAGACUUCAUCAUCCUCUCCUUACAUCUCGGGAACUGGCGUCACCACUAUAAACCGGUCGUCCAGACAUACCACCGAUACGGGCGCCAUCGCUGGAGGGGUAGCAGGCGGCUUAGUCGCCCUCUUUCUGCUACUUGUCGCGCUCAUGUGGUGGCGGGUGCGUCGGCGAAUCCGAGCUCAUGAGCGAGGGGACACCGUCCGCGUCAAAAGGGCCAGAGGGGAGAAGGUCGAUCUGCGCUCGGAAGCUGAGGGCGACUCCAUGUUGGGGACAGAUCCUGAAAGGGCGCUCGGUGGCCCAUUCGAUGCCAUGGAUGUCUCUCCGUAUAUCAAUCAUGUAUCGCCAUUUCCACCGCCAGAUAACACGUCCCUCAUGGCUGUUCACCCACUUAACACCCCCAAUACGACCCCCGUGCCCUCAGAUCACCGUCCAGGGUCUUCGUCAGGCUCUGUUACCAAAUCGUCUAGCAAGCAUGGCAGGAACGAUAAAGCACUGCUGAAAGCGCAGGAAAGGCAGCAGGAGCUCGCCCGGAUGGUGGCAGAGCACGAGGAGUCGCUGGCGCUACUACAACAGAGGAGUCCGCCAAGCUCGGCGAAUCAUGCUGAAAGUGCCGCUGCUCCUACUCCCAUGAGCAGCGCUGAGGAGGAGUUAAGGUCCCAGAUACGGCAGAUGCAGGAGGAGAUGCACAGGAUGCAAGCGCAACUUUCUACAUUGAAUGAUGAACCUCCGCCUCGGUACGAGUAG